AUGACAGACUCAGCAACCAAACACAAACAGGAUAAGGUCCAUAGAGCUUUGGAAGAAAUGGAGGAUAUAGUCGCCAAAUAUGACGAGGGACUGGAGGAGAGUGCUCAGAUUGACCAUGGAGCACAUAAGGAGUGCCUGGACCGCUGGGGAUUCAUCUAUAAAAAUGGACUUCCCGAAGGACGAUAUGCGAAGGAGAGCGAGGUUAUAGAGAAAGAGAGAAAAAGGUCAAAGAAAUGGCAGAAAAUGGUCAGUGAAUGGGAGCAGUCCUGUCGUGGUGAGAAGUUUGUAAGAAGGAUUUACAAGGGAAUUCCUGCAGAUGUAAGAGGUCUUGUUUGGGCUCGAAUUCUCAAUAUCAAUCAAACCAGAGAGGAGCAGAAUGGAGUAUACAUGGCAAUGAGAGACAAAACUAGGGAAAAGUCAUCCCACAUACGACAAAUAGACAUAGAUGUCCAAAGAACAUACAGAAAUCACACCCUGUUCAGUGAACAAUAUGGUGUCAAACAAAAGUCCCUGUUCCAUGUCCUUGCUGCCUACUCAGUUUACAACACAGAAGUGGGCUAUUGUCAGGGAAUGAGUGAGAUAGCAGCUCUUUUAUUAAUGUACCUUAAUGAAGAGGAUUCAUUCUGGGGCCUUUCAGAGCUGUUCUGUAGUCAACAACACGGCAUGCAUGGGUUUUUUGUACCAGGAUUUCCUAAAUUUCAUCGAUAUCAGGAACACCACGAUGUGAUUUUGAAUAAAUUUUUACCUAAAGUUAGAGAGCAUUUUGAGAAAAAUGACGUUAAACCUUCUUUAUAUUUGCCAAAAUGGUAUUUACAGAGUUUUUUAGGAUCGAUCCCAUUUUCUUUGUCCCUGAGGCUGUGGGAUAUCUACAUCUUUGAGGGAGAAAAGGUUUUCUCAGCAAUGGCGUACAACAUUAUCAAAUUACACAGGAGGAAGUUGAUGAGAAUGAAUGCAGAGGAAAUCCAGGAACUCUUUCAUACUGAACUCGAGAAGAACUUUGGAUACAAUGAUGAUGUUGUGAUUCAUCAGUUAUCGAUCUGUAUGCAGGAACUACAUAAAGCUAAAAUGGACCUCCCACCUCGUGCCAAGGUGAAUGAAAAACCAACAUUGCCUUUCGGACUAUAGGGAAUAGAAGAUAAAUAUAAAUGGGCUUUACACAGAAACAGCUGAGGAUGUCAAAUGAGAAAAAUUAACGAGUUUCAUUUGCAUAAUCUGCUGUGUUGCAACCACUAUUGAAAUAAUCAUUUCAAUAGUGGUUGAGAAUGCAUUUCAAAAUCAAACACUGGUUGCAACCACUAUUGA